AUGAAUAAGUUAAUAACUCAUAAAACACUUAGAAAAUUUGAAAAAUCCUGUUUGGGCUUCGUAUACCAAACAGAUACUAAUGUUAAAGCCCAUUUGGAUCCCAUAACUGACGGGUCAUACCUUCUAGUCUUCUACGCUCGGAGGCCGCCGUGUCUUCAAUGGUAAGUUGGUAACCGAAAUUUCCAUCUUCCACGCUUUCCAGAUGCUUUCGACUCCACGAGAAACGUCAUUCAUGACGUCACAUCUCUAGAAGCAGAACGUGUGUGUUUCAGACACAACGGGGAACAUUCGGUCUUAACCAUUAAUAAAGCAUAUAUUUAUUCUUUUUAAAUAGUUUCAGAUCUCAAAAGCGUAAACCUGGCUAGUCAAACGCAUGGCAACGGAUCUCAUGCGACUUUUCGUCUCUCUUUUCUGACUUUCUAAUUUAUUUUUACUUUACCAAUUUGAAAUCUUCCCCGGCAAGGCAAGGCGAGAAAUCAAAACAGUAUUUAAAAACUGCGUAACUUUUCUUUUAUAAUAAGUUGCCACCAACUACCACAGGAUCAAGAGAGAGAAGAAGAAAAACAAAUCUGUCGGUCCUAAAAUCUCAAAACGUCGGCGUUUCUUGAAAACUUCUCCGAUGCAGAGCCCGACUCUGGAUUUUAACAGACUUGAGGUUUUGUCAUUGCUUGGGCGUGGCGCUAAAGGGGUUGUGUUCUUGGUUAAAGACAAGGAAGAUGAUAAACAGCUUGCUUUGAAGGUUAUACUUAGAGAAGCGAUCGAGAAAAAGAAGAAGACCACAAAGAAGGAUGAGUACAGGCGCGUGAGUUUCGAACAAGAAGUAUUGAGCAGAUUCGAUCAUCCUCUCUUCCCUUCUCUUCACGGUGUAAUAUCAACAGAUAAAGUAAUCGGUUAUGCGAUCGAUUAUUGUCCUGGAAAAAAUCUCAACUCCCUGAGGAUUAUGCAAUCGGAAAGCAUGUUCUCCGACGAGAUCAUCAGGUUCUACGCGGCGGAGCUUGUACUCGCGUUCGAAUAUUUGCAUAAUCAAGGAAUCGUUUACAGAGAUCUGAAGCCAGAUAACGUGAUGAUCCAAGACAAUGGACAUUUAAUGCUCGUGGACUUCGAUCUCUCAACGAAUCUCCCUCCGAGAACGCCGUCACCGUCACCAUCCACGGAAACAACUCCGUCCCCGGGUAGGAGGAAAAAAUGUCUCUUCCGAUUCGCUAGUUUCUGCAGCUCGGGAAUCUCCUCGGAGGAAGAAUCGAAUUCGAUGCGCUUAUCAUCAUCAUCGUCGACAUUAGCCGUGUCAGAUUCUCCAGGAAAGAAGUCGAACUCCUUCGUCGGAACGGAGGAGUACGUCGCGCCGGAGGUUAUCACCGGAGGAGGUCACGAUUUCGCCGUCGAUUGGUGGUCGUUAGGUGUGGUUCUGUACGAGAUGCUUUAUGGGACGACGCCGUUUAGGGGAUCGAACCGGAAAGAGACGUUUUUCCGGAUUUUAUCUAAACCGCCGAAUCUUGUUGGUGAAACGACGUCGUUGCGUGAUCUGAUUAGAAGGCUCUUGGAGAAAGAUCCUAGCCGUAGGAUUAGCGUUGAAGAAAUCAAGGGUCAUGAAUUCUUCAGAGGGGUAGAUUGGGAGAAAGUGUUAUUAGUUUCUAGACCGCCGUAUAUUCCGGCGCUCGAUGAUGGAGGUGAUACAGGUAAAGAUGGAAAUACGAAAAUGGAUGUGGAGAAUAUUGUCCAAGAGAUUUUUGCUGCACGAGAAGAACGUGAGGAACAGAAGGAUGAUAAUAGUAAUGCUGAUAUGAAGAUUAAAGGUGAAAAAGGUGGAGAAUGGGUGAGGGGGUUGAAUAACAAUAACGAUUUGGAAAGUGAUAAUAAUUUUUUGGUAUUUUAAUUCAAAUUUUUCAGUUUUUAACACUGAGGAGAAUGUUUAUGUUACGAGGAUCAUCAACUAUUAUGUGGUUUAGAUUUAAUUAGUACUAAAUUCUGACCCGGAUAUAUUUUUAUUUUAAUUUUUUUUGAAAACUUUAUUUUUAUA